AUGCGACGAAAAGAGGAGGAUGAGGAAGAUAAUAACCAAUAUAGAUCCACGACGAUGACCUACAACGACAGCAACGAUUGGUUCAUCGUCCGGAACGGGCUUUCGGAGCGGCAUCCGAUGACGCCCGUCAAGACCAACGUCCGGAAAUGGUUGGCAGGAAUAUUCGUGCAGUCGGUGCGCGCUGGCGAACAGUCACUGGAAGAUGGUCACUUAGCUACGGCGGCGGCCAUGUUUGCGUGCGCCACGCUGCUUACCGACCGGUCGGAGACGUUCACGGACGCCGUCCAACGAGUGUACCCGUGUUAUUUUUACCGGCUAUACGAACACCGAAUGGUCACCAUGGGCUACGGACACCUGUUUCCAGAGACUGCGACAACCAAAACGGUUGGUGCAACAAUACGUGGACGAUCACCGAUCGGCCACCGAUUCGGAGUUCGUUCAAGCGGUCCUGCGCAACGACCACCGUCGCCGCCACCGAUAACAACGCCAGCUAUAUAG